GUGGUUGGUAGAAUUACAUAUGUGUUUUGUUUUCAUCGUGAAGAUCUAUGUGUAGAGUGAUGUAUCAUGGAAAUCAGAACACGUAUUUGACUAAGCGAAAUAUUUUGCUUAUGUAUUAUUAGUUUUUUUUUUCGUGCGAUCUUGAAGUUUGCUGGGAAAUUUCAUUUUCCAUAAGUGUAGUGAAUAUCAACUUUGUAAUUUUGUGCUGAUGUAAAAUCGGGGUGUAAAUGUGUGUAUUAGAAAAGUUGUAAACUGUAGUCGAUUGCCGGUGAUUGCCGGCAAGUUGUGUUUUUGUACGUUAUGUCAGUAAACUAUUUAAAAUCUUCUGAAGUAUUCUUAUAAUUAUUUACGAGUGUUUGGAUAUCGAUUGAAGAUUUUUCUACGAAGUAAUCCCUGAAUACAAUAAGGUAUUUAUAGCAAUGGAUUCUGAAGCAAAUCAGUCAGACUCGAGCACUGUGCACAGUGCCACCAAGGAUGAUAGUGAUGUUGAUAUGAUAGUGGUUAGUAAAUCGGAGGCUGUUGCAGAAGAUUCUGAGAAUCGUGAGGAACAAUUAGAAUCUGCAGAAGAUUGUCAAAUUGUAAGCAGUAGUAUUCUUGAUCAGAGUGUUACCUGUGAAACUUCCUUUGAUGAAGAUAACACUCAAAUAAUAACUGGAGAUAAGUGUGUUCAAGAAAAUGAUAACAGUGGCAUUGAAAAUGCAGAAUGUGGAUCAGAAGUAUUAAAUUCGAAUUCAGAAAAAGAUGAAAUAAUGGAAACGCAGGUCUUUGGAACGGAAGAAAAAGACUGUGAACACCAUAAUAUGAGUAUAGAAGAAAUACCUGCCGAAGAAUUGGAUCAAUUUUCUGCACAAAUGGAAUCUUCUGAAAAGUUGGACGAUACUGUUGUGGUUGAAUCUGAUGAAGAAAAGAAACCAGAAGCAAGUGAAAAUUCUCAGACAGUUGUUGAAGAAACAAAAGUUGAUAAUGUUAGUAGUCAAGGAAAGACUGAAGAAUUAGAGAACGACAUAGCCCCAGGUAAUGAAAGUCAAGCUUCAACAAUAGACUUCAUGGAAAUAGAAGCCAAAAUUCCCAAUUCUCCUGAAGAUUUAUUUGCAAGUCAGUCUCCAGGAAAUAUAGUAAAGCAAAACACAGAAAACAGUCUUGUAGAUUAUGAAGAUUUUAUCCCUUCAUCUUUACCAUCCCAGAGAGAAAAAGGACAUGAUGAGGUGAAUCCUAUAGAAUCUGCGAGUGUAUCAACACCACAGAAACGUAAAAUAGACAAAGAUGAUGAAGAGUGCAAUGAAGCCAAGGUUCCUAGAUUGGAAGUUCCAUUAGUCACUACUUCUAAAGAAACAUCAGAUAAUAAAAUAGUGGGUAAGGGGCAAAAGGAAAUAGAAUUAAUAGAGAAUAAUGAAGCAGAAGCAACUGUUGGUUCAAGAGAAACUAUAAAAACAGACCAGAAGGUUGAAAAAUCUACAAGUCAAGAAAAGGAUCUCUGUCUUACUAAUGAGAAAGUAGACAAAGAAAAGGAACUCCUUACUGAUGAGAAAGUAGACAAAGAAAUGGAACUCCUUACUAAUGAGAAAGUGGACAAAGAAAAGGAACUCCUUAUUAAUGAGAAAGUCGACAAAGAAAAGGAGCUCCUUAUUAAUGAGAAAGUCGACAAAGAAAAAAAACUCCUUACUAAUGAGAAAGCGGACAAAGAAAAGGAAUUCCUUACUAAUGAGAAAGUGAACAAAGAAAAGGAACUCCUUACAAUUGAGAAUGUUAAUGAAGAAAAAGAUUUAAAUAAUGAGAAAUUGAAUCUUCAUACUUAUAAAAAAAAGGAUCUCAAAAAGGAUCUUAAUAUUUGUGAGAAAGAGGAUCACGAAAAGGACCUUUGUAUUGAUGAGAAAGUGGAUCAUGAAAAGGACCUUGGUAUUGACAAGAAAGUGGAUCAUGAAAAGGACCUUUGUAUUGACGAGAAAGUGGAUCACGAAAAGGAUCUUCAUACUGAUGAGAGAGUGCAACAAGAAAAGGAUCUUCAUGUUAGUGAAAAAGUGGAUAAGGAAGGAAAUGAUCCAAUUAAUGAAGAUAGUCAAGGAGAAUCAUCAAAGGGCAUAAUGACACCAAAAGAUUCACGUAAAAGUGUGGAAAUAAUCUUCUCUUCUUUUGAGAAUGCUGAUAAGCAGGACACAUUUGUUAAGCCACAAAGUCUUCCUGUGGUUCCAGAAGAGAAUGGUGAGGAUUAUGAAGAAGACUCGCAGAUGGAAAAUUUUCAUUUGCAAAUGUCUUUGUCACCUAGUCAAGUCACACAAUCUUUCACUGAGCCAGAGGUUUCUAAUGAUGAUAAAGAAGUUGUAGCAAAGCUGGAUGCUUCCAAAACAACUAGUAAUGGUGAUACCAAUUCUUCUGACAAUUUGAGUAAUUCUCAUCACAAUUCAAAACCUACUUCAGAGUUGAAUUGUUAUUCUUUGAAGGAAGCCUCUCAGAAAAUUCCUGAUACAGUAACGGUUGAUGACUCAGUGGAUGUGCAAGUUUCAUCUCCUGAGGGGAAAAAUUCAAACGAUAUAGUUGUAUUAAAAACGGUGGGAAACUGUUCAACGUCAAAAUCAGAUGAUUCAGAUGUGGUUGAUGUGACUGUUGUACUUGAUAAAACUGCCGAUUCUGAUAAAUCUACAAAUUCAGAAAGUACAAAACACAAAGACAUGAAUGGAACUCUACUGAAGAGAAAACGUCCAGAAUCAGAUGAGGAUGCUGAAAAUCUUGUUGUCCUUGAUGAAGUUGAACAAAAUGAUAUCCAUUCUGAAGGAGAUUCCCGAAAACGUUCGCGUUUUGUGAACCUUCCCACAGAUGAGAAAAGCACUCCUGACAUUGCUUUGCUUGUCUCGAAUAAGGGGAAGUUCCAAUCUACUCCAAAUGACAGCAAUAGAGCAACUCCUAUGAAUGCGAGUAUAAGUACAGUAGAACCAAUGUCUUUGUCAGCAGGCAAGGACUCUUCAUUUCCAUUACGAGUGGUCAAGCGUACUUAUGCUCUUCAUGUAAAGUUACAUGUUCAUGAUGAUUUACAGCAAGUGCAGACAAUUGAAAUGGUGCAGUGUCAAAAUAUGGAAGAUUAUAUGUUAACAAAUACACUUGCUCGUGAUACUUCUGGAGGAUCAGCAGCUGAUAUAUCAAGAAAUUCUUCCCCAUCAAGUGUUAUGAGUUUGGGACCAUUUCCUCUGAAAACACAGUCAUGGCGGUUGUCAACCAGCUCUACAUCUACAACUUCAUCUAGCCAUAGUAACUUAGGAGUAAAAUCAAAAAGUGAUGAUGGGCUUUUUACUGCUCCAAUGAAACCUGCUUUGAGUCGAAAUAAUAGAUUACGAAAUAUACAGUAUUCUUCAGAGUUUGAACGUGACCUUUUUGAAUUAGCAGAAAGAACAAUACACAUUGAAGACACAGAAUCAAAGUUGUCAAGCUUUCUUACCAAGCCUGUAGUCCCUCCAGUUAAUUCUAGUGCUCCCACCACAACAGAAGUACUUGAUGAGAUGAAAGACAUGCCUCAUACUAAAACAGAAAGUCAAGAAACUGUUGUGGAAACACCAAAGAGUACAAAAAAAUUAUCCCGAGGGAGUAGAAACACCAGAAAUCGAACUCUUGUAUCAAAAACUAUAAAGGAAGUUUCGGAAGAGGACAUCUCAUUUCAACCAACACCAGAGAAAGAUGCACCGGAUGCUGGAGAAUCGUCUAAUAGUCAAAAGAAAUCUCGUAAACCUCCUGCAAGAGCUAGUAAACGAACUGGUAGAAGUACACCAAGUACACCAGUUACAAAUGAAGAGACGAAAAGUUCUACUCCUACUGCUCCUUCUAGUGGUAGGGCACGUCGAAAUCGUGCUGAUCAGGCUCAACCUGAGAAAACUGAUUCAAGUUCUCAAGAAUCAUCUCAUGUCUAUGAAUGGAAUUCAGGAGGUUGUUUUACAAAACUUAUGCCAGAAGCUCCAGUUUUUGCCCGUUGGUCUGACAAGAAAUACUAUCCAGGAAGGAUAAAAGAAAAAUUGAAAGAUGGUCGUUGGGUUAUAGAAUUUGAUGACAAGACAGUGAAACCACUGAAAGAAGAAUUUAUUAUUCCUAUAAAUAUUCUUACCAAAGGGCAAAUAGUCUUUGCUUAUGAUGGUGAUGAAUAUGAACAAGGAAUUAUUGUUGAAUUUAAAUUGAAAGAUGGAGAAGUACAUUAUGGUGUAGAUUUAGAUAGUGGGAGAAAGUUGUUUGUUUCACGGUCACGCCUAUUUAUGUCCGAGGAUCAGGCUCGCCUCCUUCAAGAAGGCAUGGAUCCCAAAUCUCCUACUACAAGUUCACCUGCUCUUACAACUGUGAGCUGUGAUAACAUUGUUCACCAUAAACGUCCUAGAUCUACACGUGUUCUCUUCGGAAAUGCAAGUCCAAGUGUAUCUGGUGUUGGGAAGACUACCAAGCUGAGUGAUAGCAAUGAUAAGGGACCGACACUAGUGCUCGAUGAAGUGGUUGGUGUUGACCCAGAAGUUCCCAGUAGCUUCCCAGAAUCUCUUCACUCACCUAGUGGACGUGGGAAAGGUCCCGGGCGUAUCAAAAGCAAGUCUCGGACUCCAAGAAGAAAUACCCCAGCAAACCAUACCAUUGCUGACACUCAAGAAUUAAAUAAGCUUCAUGAGACAUUGGGACCUAUUCCUGAAAAAGGUAGCAAGAUGUUUAGUGGAAAAUGUUUUCUCUUAACUCAUUCAGUUUACAAACCUAUUGAUAACUUGAAAAUAAAUCCUUCAUUGAAAUCAGGCAAGAAAUCUGAUCAAAAAUCAUCCUCAGAAGAAUCAGCAUUUUCUGAUGAUGGAUUCGAUUCCAAAAUCCCUUUCGUGAAAGAACAUUUGAAACAACAAUUGGAAGGUGGAGGUGGUAUUGUAUAUGAAAGUUUUGAAGAUGUGCCUGAAGAGCAGUAUCAAAAUUGUUAUUUGGUUACCAACCGACCUAGUUUAACUGCAAAGUAUAUUCUCAGUUUGGCCAACGGUAUAAAGAUAAUUCAACACCGUUGGGUUAUUGAGGAAGCUAGGGGUUCAAGUGUAUCGUUAGCGAGUGCUCGAUGCGCUGCAGGCUGGGACUUGGAAGGAAAAUGUUAUGUACCUCCAGAAGCUACUGUUCGCACAAGGAAACAGAAACCAUUAAAUAAGAAAGAAGUGGGAAUAGUUAAUGAAUCUCAAACAUUCGUCAAGUUCUGGGAGCGCAUCUUGGAAUUGAUGGGGGCGAAUGUCAGACACAUAUCACCUGGAUCCCCUGAACAAGAUCGUCAAUUCUCUGGUGUGGAUGUUAUUCUGACUGAUAGUACAUGUCCACCAGAAGUUCAGGAUCGAGCCCGUGAGUGGAGCAUUCCUUUAGUGUCAACAGUUUGGGUGACACAGUCGCUCAUCAAUUGGAGGAUACGCCCAUAUACUGGACAUCCUCAUUAUCGUUACGACUACUGCACCUCUGACUGACAGGCAAUGCUGAAAAUCUUUAAGUGUGGUGACUACUGAGGUAUAAUCAGUAUAAUUUUACUAAAAUUACUGGUUAUUUCAAUUUUGGUUCAAAAAGUUUACAUAUACUGACAUGGAUUUUGUGUUGGAGCAUUUUUAAUUGGCUGGAGACUCUUGCAGUGUAUAUCAGCCUCACACCAUUUUGUACAUUUUAAGAAACUGAAUAUUGUGCAGUUACAGUUAGCUGGUGUGAUUAUGAAGAAAUCUUGUGGAUUUUCUAGUUUUAAUACAUAAAUUAGAAGAACGGACUUUCAACAUAAUUUCUGCUUUGAAAUUGGAUCUACUAAACAUUGCAUUUCUCUACAUUGACUCAUGUUUUCUGAAGAUGCAAUUGAUAUUUAUUUUACAUUUAAUUAUUAAUUUUGUAUUUAAUCAUUGGUUGUGUAAGAUAAUAAUAGUUUUAUUUAAUUUUUAAUAUGCAUAAUUGUGAAGUUCAUUUCAUCAUAAGAAAAAAAACAGGUUAAUUGAACUCUGUGUGAGUUUACAACUAGUUUUUGUGAUUUGUGUGCAUUAUUUAUUAAUAAUUUUGUGCAAGAAAUAAUUGUGAAAUAUUUAGAAAUAUACAGAAUACCAAGAAAAUUAUUUCCAAAAUCUUAACUGCUGUGAACUUGUGAUAAUAGUUAACAAACAGCAUCUGGAUACAUUUAACUCUUUCUUUGUAUGUGCCAGUACACUCUUAUUUCCAAAAGAUCAGUUUGUCGUGAUCUGAAUGUGUUGUUUUUGAACAUUUUUUACCAUUUAUACUUUAUUUUUUGCUGUGGAAAUUUUAAGAAGUUAGAAGUAUGCUGUAUAUACGGAAAAUUCAUGGACAUUUACUUGAACGUAUUAAAGGUGUUGUGAUUCAUUAUGCAAGAUAAAGGUUAUUACCUGGGACCAAGUGUUGGUAUUAUGUGUGAGAGUCAAAGUACAAAUCAUCAGGGAUUAAUAGGCAAAUGAUAUUUGUUGAUAGGUGUGUUUGUGACAGUGUUACCAGUAUAUACAUUAGGAUGUAUGGAUCAUCAAUUGUGAUAAAGUACUAUAGUUAAACAAACUUUGGUUAUGCUGGAAUCUAGUUCAAUAAUGCUAAUACCUAUAACUCAUGUGUAUCAGUGAAGUUAGUAAUGCAAUAUAAAGAAAAACUUGAACACAUAAUAUAAAGAAAUGCAUAAAUGAUUUUUUAAAUAAAUAAUACACUUCACUUAGUAUCUUAAUAUCUAGUGAACUUCCUUGCCUUCAAAUACAUUCCCUCUGUUGCAUCAUAUUUUAAACAUGACAAGUAAGAGAAAUCUUCUCACUGUAUUUUUAUCACGAAAUGAAGAUGGAAAUACGUCCCUAGAAAUAUUUCUAUUCUUCAAAUUAAAAGGAUGUAUUGUGUUAUCUUGAAAUUUCUUCUGAUACACAUUUCAUCCUUCAAGAUAAGGGGGGGACAUAUAAGUUCAUCACUGUAAAAUAGAAAACUGAGUAUCAGUUGUGUUCCCCUAUUUCAAUUUGUUAAUUCUGAAUAAUGAAAUGUUUCUGGGGUUGAAACUUUACUGUGAAGUGCAGUUGAAGUCGCCAUAUUCUAAUAUAUUUCAUGUAUCUGAGAGAGUUGUUUUAAUUUGUCUUUUGAUUACUUAGUUUAACUAAGUGAUUUGUUAUAUAAUAUAACAAUGUAUGUUAUCAGAUUAGCCAGCAGUUUGUGUAUUAAAAUUGUUCCAAGGAAGCUGAUAACUAUAGUGUCCAGGUCUCAUCUUAAUCUGUUUGAAUGAUGCUCUUUACAUUUAUUGUGAAAACUUUGUAAGUCCCUACCUUUAGGAAUUACAACCACGUUUUAUACUUAGAAAUUGAAGUAUUAAUUUGCUUUCUUCCCCAUUUAUAAAUUUUUAAAAUCUUUUUCUACAACUUAUUUGAUUAAACACUUUUUUAAAAAUUUA